CUGAACUUAGGAUAACGCAGGUAGCGUAAAAGGAAGGUUCAUUAUAAAAACAUGCAAGGCUAAGUAGGAGCCAAAGACCCCUCUAGGCGGUGCUAGGGGAUAUAUCAGACACACCGAUCUGCGGCUUUUGGCGGUAAAUGUUCAAGCUCGAGCUCUAGUUUCCCCAAGAAACGUAAAGAAGUAUUUCAUUCGUUGUCUCCGUUUAUCGACAGAAAUAUACAUAUGUUUAUCACAUACCGACUUGUAUUUAAACUUCACCUGCAUUUAUUAAGUGACGUUUGUUGCUAUUGAAUUGAUUUCUCCGUUUUGAAGUCUAAAAAGAAAUGGACAAAACUAGCAAAAAAGGCAAAGAAAAAGCCCGGUUUAUCCCGCUCUUCCAGACAGGAGAAAGCAAGCCUAACCCCAUCUCUAAAAAGAAGAGCCAACGUCUAGAUGGAGAACAAAAAAGAUUGCCUGACCCUAUCUCUGGAAAGAAGAGCCAACCUCUAGAUGGAGAACAAAAGAGACUGCCUAACCCCAUCUCUAAAAAGAAGAGCCGACCUCUAGAUGAGGAACAAAAGAGACUGCCUAACCCCAUCUCUAAAAAGAAGAGCCGACCUCUAGAUGGAGAACAAAAGAGACUGCCUAACCCCAUCCCUGCAGAGAAGAGCAGACCUCUAGGAAAGGGACGGGAGGAAGACACGGCUGCUGGCCGAGAAAAGGCUGAAGAGACGGAGCACACACAAGGGGAAAAAAUGAAGAAAACACGAGAGAAGAGCCAGACACCAGCAGAAGAAGGGAUCGAUGAGUUUGAAGAGGUAUUUGCUAGAGUCCUGGAUGAUGCCAGUCCCGGGCUGAAGGAAGAGCUACAGACCACCGUCCAACUCAGAACUCCAAGCUAUUUCAAGAGGAAACUACAUGAUGAACAAAAGGACAAGGAUGAAGAAUACUAUGACCAGUGGGUCCAGUGUAGCGACUGUGAUAAGUGGAGGAGACUGAAGUCUGGGUCCGAACCCUCAGACCUGCUGGGUGCCUGGACUUGCCCUCUCAAUACAGAUGAACAGUACUCUAGCUGUAGUGUAUCUGAGGAGGGGUCUGGGGACGAUGAUGACGACAACAUCAGCACUAGUCUGCGGCCAGGCUGUCUCGUCUGGGCUCAGCAGACCGGGUAUCCAUGGUGGCCGGCCAUGGUAGAGAGAGACCCAGACACCCACCAGUACUGUUGCUUCACCCACAGAACAGACACCAAUCCUUCUCGGUAUCAUGUGACCUACCUCGGCCAACCAGUGAGCAGAGCCUGGCUGUCGAGUGGCAGAAUCAAACCCUACUCCAGCCUGACCCUGGAGCGGGCUAUAAAUAUGCCGUCUCAGAAGCGACACAUGGAAAAACUGAAAAAAGCUGUAGCCAUGGCAGCACGGGUCCAAAAAGAAACCCUAAUAACGAGGAUAGACAUGUUCGGUUUCCUGGGUCGCUUUGUGUCUGAUAGGGAAAGUUCAGAGGACAGUGACCUAGGAGAAGCUGCAGAUGAUAUUUUGAAUAAUCAUAAUAUCAGAUUGGAACAGACCAAUAAAAAGACAAAAGAUGGGAGUUCAAAGCAGAGAGGGAGCCUGAAGAAGAGGAGAGAAAGAGAGAGUGAUGAAAAUGAUAGUGAUGAAAACAAGAGCUGCAGAACGGAGAAGGGGACGAAGAGAAGAAAAGAGAGAAAGAGUGGAGGACUUGAAGAGGAGAACUCUCAAUAAGCAUCUUCCGAAAGUCAUUACCAGAAGAGACAGAAAGAAAGGACAAGGAGACCGCAAUGAGAGAGCGCGUUGGAAAGAAGAGACAAGAUGGAGAUUAUUACUUCCUCACUAAGAAAUGGAGAGGAUAGCAUUGGUUAGAAGAGAGCCGAUGAUGGAAGGUACCGAGAUAGAGGGAUGGGAUGGAGAGGAGAAAAUAAGUAGAGGGGACUUCUACUUUAUGUUUGAAGAGGAGUAGAUGGGACUUGAAUUUGUUCUGCUGAGGAAGAAUAGUAACUUUUCUUUUUGUUAUGUUGAGGAAGAAUAGGAACUUCUAAUCUUAUGUUGUGUUGAAGAUUGAAUAGGGACUUCUAAUAUUAUGUUGUGCUGAGGAAGCAUAGGGACUUCUAAUUUGAUGUUGUGUUGAGGAACAAUAGAGACUUUUAUUGGUUUGUUGUGUUACCUGUAGACUGUUAUUUGUUGUUGUAUGGACUGGUGACAGGUCAAGGCUCUUAGUAGAGCAGCAUAUAGAAGGAAGCGCUGGUUUUAAGAGGAUAUGUUUGUUUCACCCGUUUUUUACGCCCUACUUUUUAAUGUUCUCGUAUAAAUAUGUUGGUAUACUUUACAUACGAGAAGUAUUAGUUUAGCUUGUUAAAUAAAUACUAGAAAUAUUGUUCUAUUGUUUGUUUAGAGUGGACGUGUUAUUGUCCAACUGCAGUUGCAA